AUGACUUUCUCCACGCCAGCUUCCAGCUCUGCGCCGGCGCAACUGGAAAAUGUGUCACAAAUGAAUAAAAAUGUCGUUCCGCAAUCACGAGAACUAGGCGAUGUUAUCCCAAACCGGACACCACCGGCUCCCGAUGAGAAACCCCAGGCGAAGCCACUUGCACAUUUCGUUGCUGGCGGUCUAGGAGGAAUGACUUCUGCGACCCUCACCUCGCCGCUCGAUGUUCUAAAGACGCGCCUCCAAUCCGAUUUCUACCAGUCGCAGCUGCAGGCCCUACGGGCCUCGCACCCUCCUCCACCGCCGACAUCCAACGCUCUAGUCUCUAUGACUCGGACCGCCGGCAUGCAUUUCAGCGAAACUUUCCAGAUCCUCCGCUCAAUACACGUCCACGAAGGCUGGCGCGCGCUGUUCAAAGGACUGGGACCGAACCUGAUCGGUGUCGUGCCGGCACGCGCGAUCAACUUCUACAUGUACGGAAAUGGCAAGCGAGUUCUGAGUGAUUACUUCGGUUAUCAAAAUGUCGAACAAACCCCUAUGGGUAUCCAUCUGGCCGCAGCGGCAGUUGCCGGUAUCGCGACAGGGACAGCAACCAACCCCAUCUGGUUGGUUAAGACACGCCUGCAACUGGAUAAGUCCAAUGCGGAGCAUGGCAAGAGUCGCCAGUACCGGAACAGCUACGACUGCGUCAAGCAGACUGUGCGCCAUGAGGGUAUUCGCGGCCUCUACCGCGGUCUGUCCGCCUCGUAUCUCGGUGUGACAGAAUCCUCUCUCCAGUGGGUUAUGUACGAGCAGAUGAAGAUGUAUCUUGCUCGCCGUGAUUCACUCAAGAAGUCCGACCCGGCCUACGAGUACACCUCGUGGGAUUCCGCGGAGCUGUGGGGUGGACGUAUCACCGCGGCUGGUAUGGCGAAGCUGGUGGCCGCUGCCAUCACCUACCCGCACGAGGUCGUUCGCACACGCCUCCGUCAGGCACCGACCGUCUCAGUUGGAAAUGGUCGGGUUGAAAUGAAGUAUACCGGCCUGGUCCAGUGCUUUAAGACCGUCUGGAAGGAAGAAGGAAUGGUCGCCAUGUACGGCGGCCUGACACCACAUCUGCUACGUGUUGUGCCUUCGGCUGCAAUCAUGUUUGGAAUGUACGAAGUCAUUGUGCGUAUGUUUGGCACAACAUCAUAA